ACAAUGGUAUCUUUUUUUAUUUAUCUAUAUUGCAACUUGCUGUUUAAAGUUGGUCUCGUAAUUUCGUGUGUGAUUUUUACGUUUAUUUUUUUACUUUCUGAGUGAAUUUUAAAAUGUAUACUGUUUCUAAGGGACCCAGCAAAAUUGUAGCCAAAACUCGAAGAGGCCUCUCACAGAACUUAGAAAGAUUGGACAGCCGUAAAGAUCACAAUAGGAAGUCAUCAGAGUCUGAUAAUGGAGAAAUCAUCAACAUGCCCAAGCCUAUUUUUCAUUCCAAUGGUAAAAAGACAAUUCACCAAAGAAUACAGCACCAUGUGAUUACGCCGCAACAUGAGGAAAUUAUCAGAUUUAUCAGUGAAACUUGGACACAGUCAACAUACGGAGAAAGUGAGCCCACAACACCAACCAGUACAAAUGAAUCUGGCAGCUCAUCGCCCGCACCUCCAUCCAACCUGUACUACCAGGACGAUGCCCCCAGCCCCGUGCUCAGAGACUUCAAACCCUUUGACCUGGAGACCUGGUGGGGCAAGCGACUCUUCCAGAACAUCACCAACUCUCUUUGAGGUAGCAAUGUCUAAUACAAAGAUGAUGAAACAUAAAAGUUGGCGGUAGCAUAAGUCACAAUCAUCUGUAGUUUACUAAAUUUUUAUUUAAACCGGACCUUAUUUACAAAGGAAGCAGCCGUUUUGCUGUGCACCUAAUUUAGUAACUGGUUUUGUUAUAAUGGACAAGUAGAGUCUGUGUUUAUCCUGAUUUUUCUAGUUUUAACUGACAGGUAGACAAACUUAAGGCGGUGUCACCCUGUCAAGAAACAUUGAAAUAACUAUUAGAUCUGAAUACAGUUCUCAAUUAGACUAUCUAUGGGUUUUUUGUUUCAACAAAGCAUUAUAAACCCAUGGUCUUCUUAAUUGUAUGGAAUAUUGAAGUUAGUUAUGUGACAUUUUUAGAAACUGUCCAAUCUAAAAGUAUCACUAUACAAUUAUUUUGAAAGUAAACAAAUUUUAUCUUAUUGAACAGAUAAUAAUGUGAAUUUGUAAAAAAAAGUUAAGUAAUCUACAGUUGAUUGUGGAUCUCAGUAGUUAUGUCAUAUCAUAUUAAGUAAAAAUUUUCCAAAAGCUCAAUUUCUUUUGCAUUGUUACUGUGAACCAAUAUUCUUUAAGAUUGUUAUGUUGUGUGAAUGUUAUAGAUUUUGAUUGAUGAUAAUGGAUUAUAUAUCGAAUUCUGAUCGACCGUUUACCAAAGAGUAUCUUUCCUGUUAGAUGUACCAGAGAGAAACAUAAUAUUUUUGCCAAAUGUACAUUAAGAGCCAAAUUAUUUACUGUGAAUUUAUUAAGUAGCAUUGUUCUACCGUGUCUAUAUCACAACUGUAAUGUUACAAACUGUGACAUUAUUUUUUUGCAGCUAUUUUACAUAGCUAUGCCUUUUUGCAAUAAUUGCAUAUUGCAACCAAUACUUUAAAGUGCCUAAAUACAGCAAUAGUGUAAACAGUAUUAUAUACAUUGUUAUGUGACAGAAGGAAUAUUGUUAAAUUGUAAAUAUGUAAAGGUUUCGCAUUACUUAUAACCCAAUCAUGUACUUGAGUAUCAAUUUCAUACAUGUUUCACUUUUUUUCGCGUAGCCAGGUAGCUAUAAAGCUAAGGUAGCUAUCCAGAGAGGUCUCAUUGGGAUUUUUUUGUAUUUAUUUCGACUUUCUCGUUUGUUAAGUGGUCCCAAGUGCAACUACCGAGUAAAAAACUGUCCCAGGUCUGCCAUAUUGGAGUCAUUUUCGGUUUUUCGAAAAUUUCUCAACACUGUCUGGAAUUAUACCCGAUGACCCAUCAUAGGGUAUUAUUCAAGACUAGUUCUCACCUUGUCAUCCCUGUCCUCUGCCAAUCCCCUAGGGGAUUAGAAAGCGUAACGUCAUGUUAUGUUUUUUUUAACAUUUUGUAAUUAUGUACAUACACAAGUUAUUAGCAGUUGCUAUGCACCUUUAUAGUUUCAUUUUUAUGUGUAUACUGUAAAAUACAAUAGAUUAUUUUAUUGAAAGUCAACUUGCACAGUUGAUACCUUAUUCUACAGGCAGAUCGCGAAUCCAACGUGUGCAUGAAUUAAUCUCUUGUCACCUCGAAUUGUAUCAUCACAAAAUUAAGUAUCGACUCAAGCUUUUGCCUAAUUUUUUUAUUAUAUUGUUACCCAAAGUUCCUGUUCGAGAUAUUCGAUAAGUUACAACUCGAAAGAUUUAUGUGAAAAAUAGAUUUUUAAUGAAAGUGUUACUGUUGUUGUUGUAUAAUGUUAAAUCGAUUGUUUUCAAUGUUUAUUUGUGUUAUCAAAGCUUCUGAUGCUCGAGGCUGAACGAUGUCUUCCAUAACAAUGUAAUCUAGUCUGGCUGAGGUUUGUUACAUUUUAAAACCAUUUUUUUACACAUCUUAAGUAAUAUUAAUAACUGAGUCAAGGUUUGAUAUCGCCCGUACGUAUGUAUGAGUGUGUAUCGUUUCAUAAAAGUACAUACAAUUUAAUAUGUAACAAACUAUAGCCAGUUUAAGCAAUUCUGCUACUUAUAAAUAGCAAUAUAAUCAUGUUACUCGUGUAGAAUCUUUGGAAUAUUGGUUUUAUUUCCUUUGUACAUAGAAAAUUUAAAAGAAUGUGUCAUAUAUCUUUACGAAUGCAAUAUAUAUCUUUACAGUUUUACUUGUUUUGUAUAUUUUAGUGUGGUAAUGUUGAUUGAAAGUUAUCUUAAACUUUUAAUUAUAUUUUAAUCUGUUUGCUGUUGUGAAGAGAAGUUAUUUAUUACUGCAAUUAUGCAAGUACAAAACGAGUUGAUUCGUAAAGGCAAUAUUAAUGUAUGCAAUAAGCAAUAAAUGCACAAACUGUAGUUAUAUAUAUUUUAACCUUUUAGAUGAAAUAUUUGAGUCGUUGUAGUUUUAACGCAGGAGAAUAUUUUUAGACUGAUUUAGUUAUUAAAACGUUAUGCUUUUUGUUGUAGUUGAAUAAACCAUCUGAUGAAUUA